CCUCACUCUCCCUCUCUCUCCCUCUCUCUCUUCAAAAACCCCAAUAUUAAAGACCAGCUCGGACCUCCGGCAGAAGAAAUGGACGGAAAUAUGUUAAUUGACGGUGGCGCCACCGUACAUUCCGAUUCAAAUAUCCGAAACGCCGCCGCAGUUAGACCUAAUACUGGCUAUCCCUCACUUCAACCUAACUACAGCUGCGCCAAAGUUCAGGACGCAUUAGAUCAUUUGGCAUCCAUAGAUUUGAUAGAGCUAUGUAAUGAAGCGAAAGUUGAGCAUUGUAGGGCUACACGCGACUUGAGAAGUUGUGGACGUAAUGUUCAAAGCGUGUUGAAUUCAUGUGGACAUGCGUCUUUAUGUGAAGAAUGUGGUCAGAGAUGUGAUGCUUGUCCGAUAUGUAGAAUUUCCAUACCGAAGACUGGGAAUAGACUGUCGCUUCGGUUGUUUUAUGAGUGUAUUGAAGCGGGUCUUAUUUCAAAGAGAUAUGAUGAUAGGUUUCAAGAAACAGAUGGCGAGAAACAAUCAACAGCUGAUGUUGAAAGGCUGUAUUCAAUUUUUGACAUUGCUUUGGAGAACAAUAUGUUAUGUCUGAUUUGUCAAUAUAUUACAGAUGUGUGUAUGGAUGAAAGUGCUGUUUCUAGUGACCCAGUUGUUGCUUUGUUGCUAGAUGAAGUGGUUGUCAAAGACUGGUGCAAGAGGACGUUUAAGAAUAUUAUUGCUGAAACUCGGCCAAUCUAUAAUCUUACUGUCGAGGAAAUUAAGGAAAGGUCAAGUGUACUUCUUAAGUUUACAGUGCGACUAAGCUGCAUAUCAACCGUCCUUGACGAGUUAGAAUCUUCUUUCAAGGGGUCCAUUUCUGCGCAGCUUCAGGAUAUUCACAACCUACAGGAAAGCAUACUAAAGACAAAACAGCAUAUGGAGAUGAUGAUUUGGUAUACAAGACAUCAGUUCCUUGAAGGUUUAUGUAGGCAUGAUAGUUUCUCUUCAUGGCGUGCUGAUGUCCGCGAGAGAAAGUUACAGGCAAUUAAACGUGCUUGGCCGUCCGCUAAUGGAACCUCAAGGGAAGAUACUGCAAUGCUUUUUAUCGAAGAUGCUUUAUCAAAUCUUGAGACACAACAGGAGUAUACAGCUAAUAGAGAGGAUGAACUGGAAAUUGCUUCUCUUCAGAAGGAUGGAGGUGUAUCUUUUUCUCGAGUCAAAAUAGAGGGGAUGGUUGGAAGCUAUCCUUUUGAAAAUCUGAGGCUGGCUAUUGACAUUCUCUUUCUGUGUGGAAGUUCAGAUCUGGUGGUAGCAAAACAAGCAAUUUUUCUAUAUUAUCUGUUUGACCGAGUCUGGAAAAUACCUGAUGAGAAGUGGAGAUUCUGUGUAGAUGACUUUUCUGCUACAUUCAAUAUAGCGAGGCAUUCUAUUUUGGAAUCUUUUACUUUCUAUCUUCUAGAUGAUUUGAGUGACGAGGCUUUGCAGGAAGCUUGUCAUCUUCUUCCAGAGAUAUCGAGGCCCACAACACAUCCAAAAGUGGCACAGGUUCUGUUAGAAAGACAAAAUCCUUAUGCAGCUCUUAUGGUAUUAAGGUGGUCAGGAAAUGAUAGUGGGACAGAGCUAAUCUCACUUAAUGAGGCUGUCACUGCUGUCCGGGUGAGAGUCGAAUGUGGCCUUUUGAUUGAAGCAUAUAUGUAUCAAAAAUCAGUAUGCACACAAGUUAAGAAAAAGAAAACAAGAAAUGAGAUGUAUGAUGAUGCUUCUAAUGAUUUAAAUGAUGAUUUUGAAGAUAAUUGGUUAGAGGUACUUGUUACCGAAAUUUGUCUUCUUUGUAUUCGGAGAAAUCUGGUUGAUCGUAUCAUUGGGUUACCGUGGAAUGUGGAUGAGGAGAAACAUCUGCACAAGUGUCUUUUGGAUUGUGCUUUGGACGAUCCGUUAUCAAACACAGGAAGUCUUCUCGUUGUGUUCUAUUUACAGCGUUACCGGUACGUAGAAGCAUAUCAAGUUGAUCGGAAGCUUCAAUGCUUUGAGAAGGAUUUUGUUUCUAGGAAUCCUGUUGAUGAGGCUGUAGCUCAAAGAUUGAGUUCUACCCAGCAUUGGAGAGCAGGAUUAGUUGAUAAAAGCAUACAGCUUCUACCAGAAGUUGAACAACAAAAGGUGAAAAGUGGGCAACUCACUGAAUUAGUCUCCUCAGAGAAUGACAACAAUGCUUCAGAAAAUCACAAUCAUCACGAAGUACCAGUCCCUGCUUAUGCUAACUCUUCUAUCAUUUUACGAAUGAGCGAUGAAACCCCACCACCGAAAUCAAAUAUAGGUGGAUUAUCAAACUAUGGUAGUCCUUCGGUUUCACAAGAGAAUGCCUUUUACGAUGCGGAAAGAGGGAUGAGCAUGCUUAAAUCCAUCAGUAAAAAUUUUCCAUUUGAUGAUAUCACAACUUCCAGUAGUCCUUUAAGAGAGUUUAACAGAGGUUCUUCAAGGAUGCGGAAGAACAAGUAUUUCCAGAAUGACCAGAAUGGGUCAACUGACCAGCUUCCAAGUUCUAGUCCAUAUUUGAGAAAUCUUGGUUCUAAUAUUGAAGAUUCGCCUAGUAGCAUCAGGGGCUUAUCUAAGUCUUCUCAUUUUGAUGCGAUCUCAAAAGCUUCUGGUACACGAUCAAGUAGACUUGGUAGAGAUGUUAUGGAGGCUUCAGGUGAUUUUAUGGACAUGUCUUGGAGCAACAAAGAUCAGAUACUUCCUAUGCAAACAAGUUUGAAUGGUGGACCGAGAUGGAGGUCGGAUGAUGUUGGAGAUUAUGAAGAUCAGCAGAGUCCCGAUAGACUCACAGGAGGUACCACCCCCUCGAGGGUAUUCAGAAGGCGGAAAACCAGAAGAUGACUCGUUUUAAGAUUUUGCGAACUUAUUUCACCCUCAACUAUCCUGUUCUGAUUGAUUGAACUGUUGCAGUUGAUGCACAAUUAGAUUACUUGAUACAAGAGUUGUUUGUUAGAUGAAAGAAUGCCAGGUUUCAGUUUGUCUUUUAUCCCUUUUGGCCUAGUUUUGUAUCUUAUAAUUUUAUGAUGAGCCUACAAGUACAGCUUCUGUUAUAUUUAAAACUUAUGAGUCAUAUAUGGACUCUUGUAUUGUUAAAUUCAGUUGCUGUUUGGAAUCUGAAAAUGUUAUGAAUAUUGAUAUAUGAUCAAUGAUGGAUAAAGUUCAAAUUUACUGAUGA